UUGACAACUUGUACGUCAUAUCCAGAGAGCCCGGAAGACGGAAAAGAGUGCGAUGUUUCGUGCGAUCAGCUGUCAAAUGCGAUAAAGUUGACCAACAUAUUGUCAGAAUGUUAAAAACUGUGAUCUUAAUCGGAGGCCCUCAGAAAGGUACACGUUUUCGUCCACUGUCUUUUGAGGUACCCAAACCACUUUUUCCAGUUGCUGGUGUGCCUAUGCUACAACAUCACAUUGAAGCAUGUGCACAGGUGUGUACCAGGUCUCCAAUAUGAAGGAAAUUUUGCUCAUUGGCUUUUACCAGCCCAAUGAAGAACUUACCAGAUUCCUGACUUAUGCACAGCAGGAAUUCAAAAUCUCAAUCAGGUAUUUGCAGGAGUAUGCAGCCUUGGGCACAGGGGGAGGCAUAUAUCACUUUAGAGACCAGAUCCUGUCUGGAGGUCCUGAGGCCUUCUUCAUAAUGAACGCAGAUGUCUGCGCAGAGUUCCCCCUGCCAGAGAUGCUCACCUUCCAAAAGGAACAUGGAGACCCCAGCAGCUUUGUCAUCUUGGCAACAACUGCAAACAGAAAGCAGUCUAUGAACUAUGGCUGCAUAGUAGAAAAUCAGGACACUAAUGAGGUUUUGCAUUACGUGGAGAAGCCUAGCACCUUUGUGAGUGACAUCAUCAACUGUGGAAUCUACUUGUUUACUCCAGACAUCUUCCAGCACAUUGGAGCGGUGUUCCAGAAGAACCAGCAGGACCUGCUGUUAUAUCCAUACGAGGGAGACGAGCAGACCAAUAGCACCAACGGCAAUGGCUGGCAUCGUGCUGAGGUGAUCCGCUUGGAGCAGGACAUCUUCACGGCCCUGGCCGGCCAGGGCAAACUCUAUGUCUACAAAACCCCCAGCUUCUGGAGCCAGAUCAAGUCUGCAGGAUCUGCAAUUUAUGCCAGUCGCUUGUACCUCAACCAGUACCACACGACCCAUCCUGAGAGACUGGCUUCCAAUGAGAAGGGAGGACCCAGAAUAAGUGGAAAUGUUUACAUCCAUCCAACAGCCAAUAUUGACCCAACUGCUGUGUUGGGUCCCAAUGUCUCCAUAGGCACAGGGGUGACCAUCGGAGCAGGGGUGCGAGUCAGGGAGUCAACCAUCCUUCAUGGGGCUACUCUGCAGGAUCACAGUUGUGUUCUGAACUGCAUUGUGGGAUGGGACAGCACCAUCGGUAAAUGGGCACGUGUUGAAGGAACCCCCAGUGACCCGAACCCUAACGACCCCCACGCCAAGAUCGACAGCGAGACGCUAUUCAGGGAUGGCAAACUCACCCCGUCAAUCACUAUUUUAGGUUGUAAUGUGACUAUUCCGUCGGAGGUGAUAAUACUGAACUCCAUCGUCCUUCCGCACAAAGACCUCAACCGGAGCUUUAAGAACCAGAUUAUACUCUAGUUCAGCUUCUGUCAGCGGUUUGAGCGUCAUAUUUAUAAAAGAUGGACAACGUGGCCACUGCCUUUUGAGUUACUGUAUAUAAGAUGUCAAAAAGAAUGGAUAUUAGAUGUGGAUGUAGUUAUUUAGUAAGAGAUUUUAUAUAUUGUUUGUGCUGACUUGUCAUCCACAAAGCUUCUGGGUGACAGUGUUGCAUUUAAUCAUGUCUGUUGGUUUAUUUUGAAAUGCCAAUCAACAAUUUUCUAUUUGAUUCAUUGAUUUGUUGAAUUACUGCAAAUGCCCGUGUAUAUGUUGUGUAUUGAAUUAUUGCCCUUGUAAGUGAAAUGGUCAAAAUCAAUUUCUAGGAACAUUUUAGUCCAUGGUAGCACAAUUAUUUGGAGAAAGAAUUGCCAUCAAUGUGAGACUUGAUUGCACAUUUAAAAAAAAUUGGCAACCAACUGUUCUUAAUUGUGGGUGUAAUUAUUUUGCCUUUUACAGUGAUUAAAAAUGAACUUAAAAUGGUAAAGUGUACUU